UCUGCCGAGGGAUGAUGUGUUAUUUAUACUUUAAGCUACAUUACUGUUGUAUGGCAGACUUCUGGCAUGGAAAAAAUUACAGAAUAUCUACUAGUCACUGCACGUGAGGGUUAUUGCUGCUUUUUAGACAUUCUUUACACGUUGGCAUGCACAGUGCCUUUCUAUUAAUUAAGGUAGAAACAUAUUUGGCAAUUCUGAUGGUAUUCCUACACAUUUUCAUAUGAAAACCAAAACUGCACAUCCUGAAAUUGUUUGAUGGAACUUGCACAGUAUAAAAUUGGGAGGUUAGAUGUUGUAGUUAAGCUCAUUGUCACAGAAUCAGCCAUAUGUUGCAUCUGCUGAAUGAACUGAUAAUUGUAGAGUGGCCAAUGGAUUAUUAUGAACUGAAAUGUAAGACAGAGGGGGAUUGGUCUGGAUAAAGAAACUGGGCCUAAUGGCCGAGACAAAGCUCUUGAGCCUUUCUUACUUUCCUUACUUAAAGGGAUAGUUAAGUGUAUGUUUUCUAUUGGCCCUGUUUUGAUGUGCAAUUGCAUGCAUGCAGAAGAGCGAAUACUUUGAAGCGAAAAACUGAAUCUGCCCUCUCCCAAGGAAUACUCUUGUGACUGUUACAAUGAGAAUUAAAAAAAAAAAAAAAAACAAGUCACAAAACAUUUAAAUAGUAUGGAAUAAAUGACAGUAGCCAUGCAUGUUCUAGUACUGAUGACAUCAUAGACCCUUUAUGAGGUAGGAUUUGUAAAAGCACAUUAGUUAAUUUUAUAAGAAUUCAAAACCAUUUGAGGCACGCUGACUCCAACACAGACAGAGGCAUACUGUAAAUGUUAAGUUGACACGAGGGUAUGAAAAAAUUUUAAAAUAUUUAAAAACUCAUAUGACCAUAAUUAUUGCUAUAAUUUACUUCAUUACUAGUCAGCUAACUAGGCUAAGUGAAGACAUAUACACAUUGUUGGUGGCCUAGUAUUUUUUCUACCUAAACUUCAGAUCUGAAAUAAGUUAGAAUAAACAAGUUUUUUCUUUUAAGUAAAAUGGGCUGAAUUGAAGUUUUUCUUUAAUCCUUAUAUUAGCCUACUGUCUUGUCUACUUCAAUGGACAAAUAUGUAGCUGCUAUAAAAAUGUGAUCACGCAAAAAACUGUUUUUCAAACUCAAUAUAGCAAAUUAUGAAAAAAUUAAUAAUUUAAGACCAUUUUUCUUAGGGGCCUCAACCAUCAUCAUUUUGAAAUGCGGAAGGUCCAACACACACUUUGACAGACAUGUUCUGCAUCUCUUUAGUCUUCCAUCCAGCUGUUGUCUACAAGGUCAAAGCUAUGAGUGACCAUGCUCAGUAUCCAUUUGCUCAGUGUUCAGUGUUCCUAGCCUCAUUGUACCUCUUUAGAAUAUCUGGUGCCUGAGGUUGGAUAUUUAUACAUUUGCUUCACGUUCAUGCAUUUAUUUUCUAUUUUCCUACCUUGCAACCUCACCAUCUCAUAUGCCUACAAAGCUGGAACCCAACUGGAGUGGUUGUUUCCAUUAUGGCUUGCCUGAUUGCAGUUCCCUCAUUCUGUCUUUGCCAUCUCCUUAUUGGUCUUAAAGGGUGGAUAUUUGUUUUUGUUUUUUUCCAGCAGUCAAGGUUUUUCAAAUGAUACCAUCUGAUGCAAAACUAGUUUUUGAUGGGUUAUUUACAACCCACUCUGUAUGUACACACUAUCUGACAGCUAUGCCCAACCCAACUGGUCUGAGAGGGUUACAAAAUUACAUAAAUAUGCUUAGGGCUGCCUGCAAUAACAGACAUUUACACACACUCUCUUUCUGACUGGACCUCCAUACUGCCAAUACAGGUCCGUCAGAUGAACCAUGAGAUAUAGGCCACCUUAUGUUGUGCUGGAGUAGAGUCAGAUGACAGAACAGGGGUGACAAACAAAAGAGAGGCACGCAGUCACUGCUGGGCAAACAGGCAUCAGUGCAGCAGCAGCUAGCGCAGUCAGUAGAGCGCUCCUAAAGGCCUCUGGUCAUGUCUCGUCUGUGGCUCUGCCUCGCAGUGCUAAUCUAGGACAGAACUGCUGCUCUCAGCACCAAGCCUGGCCAGUUACAGUAAGUGGUAAGUGGAGAGGACGGGAUGCUGACGGAGGUCGGAGAUAAUGUCACGAUGCAUGAGGCCACGCGCAGGCUGAAGUGACUGUUGCGUGUGUUUUAUAUCGAAGAUGAAAGCUGGUGAAAGUGAUGCUAAUGGCACUGGGAUAAAUAGUAUUUUUAAUGCUUUCUCUUGUGCCUCUGCUGUGGAGGAGGGGAAAGAGGACCUGGCAGCCUGGCAGUGUACUGCGGAGUAAAAGGCCUCCGGCGGUCAUGUAAUGGAAAUGGAUGAUGAGUGUAAGAAAUCGACUCAGGCACUGUGGGACUACUUGCAUCUUCACCAGCCGCUUGAAAAGAGUGAUGUUAUAAUUGGCCUGGGCUGUCAUGACCUGCGUGUAGCAGAGAGAGCAGCUACACUCUUCCUGGAGGGGUGGGCCCCCUGGCUGCUCUUUACAGGUUACCUGGGCAACCAGACUGCAGGUGUCUGGCAGCACCCAGAAGCUCAAGUCUUCCUGGAAAUUGCACUAAAAAUGGGGGUUCCAAGAGAGAGGAUUCUGCUAGAGACUGAGGCCACCAACACUGGAGAAAACAUCCGCUUUUCUUACCAGGUCCUUAAGGACAACCUUGUUCCAGUCGACAGGGUUAUCCUAGUCCAGCAGCCAUUCAUGGAGCGCCGCGUGUUGGCCACCUUCUUGCGCCAGUGGCCUGGAGAUCAGGAGAACACCCGCGCCAUCGUCACCUCCCCCUUCACUGACCUUGCCCAGUACCCCCACCCCACGGUGGGCACCGCCAGCGACCUUAUUGGAUACAUGCUAGGUGUCAUUGAGAGAAUCCGAGACUAUCCAAAGAAAGGCUUCCAGGUUGAGCAGGAAAUCUCACUUGAGGCGCUUGCAGCUUAUCAGUGGUUCCUGAAUGCUGGAUACAGUCCAAAAUAAGGCAACGUUACAUUUUAAACGAAAUCCAUCUACACUUUAGAGAAUCCUUCUUGUUAAUAAUAUUGUCCAAAGGCUGUGUUCAUAAGUAAAAUGGUCUUGACACCGA